CGGAUUGUUGUGGCCGGGGCCGCCCGUGACACGUGGUGCCGCCGCCGCCGCCGCCGCCGGGGAAGCCGCGCUCGCUGGAGUGCGGGCAGCAGCAUGGCCGCUCUGGCCGAGGCGGUGAGCAGCAGCAGCAGCAGCGCGGGGGGCCCGGCGGCAGGCGGCGGCAGCAGCCGGCACGAGAAGAGCCUGGGGCUCCUCACCACCAAGUUCGUGUCGCUGCUGCAGGAGGCCAAGGACGGCGUGCUGGACCUGAAAGCGGCUGCUGAUACUCUUGCUGUGAGACAAAAAAGAAGAAUCUAUGACAUCACCAAUGUUUUGGAAGGCAUAGAUUUAAUUGAGAAAAAGUCAAAAAACAGCAUCCAGUGGAAAGGUGUAGGUGCUGGCUGCAAUACAAAAGAAGUAAUAGACAGACUGAGGUAUCUUGAAGCAGAAAUUGAAGAUUUGGAACUAAAAGAAAAAGAGCUGGAUCAGCAAAAAUUGUGGCUGCAGCAAAGCAUCAAAAAUGUUAUGGAUGACUCCACAAACAACCAAUUUUCAUAUGUCACUCAUGAAGACAUCUGUAAUUGCUUCAAUGGAGACACACUUCUAGCAAUUCAAGCACCUUGUGGUACACAGUUAGAAGUACCUAUACCUGAAAUGGGACAAAAUGGACAAAAGAAAUACCAGAUCAGUCUUAAGAGUAGUUCAGGACCAAUCCAUGUGCUGCUUAUUAAUAAAGACUCAAGUUCCCCCACACCUGUGGUGUUUCCAGUUCCUCCACCUGAUGACCUUGCACAGCCCCCAUCUCAACCUGCAAUUCCAGUGACUCCCUCAAAACCUACAGCAUCUACUGAGAAUCCAUCAGAGCAGCAUGACAUUAACCAGGAGCAGCAUUUGCCACAUACCCCAGUAACAGAUACACCAUCAGACAACAGUGUGCAAGAGAACAAUACAACUCCAGCAACUCCUUACUCUAGCCUUCCGGACUCCUUACUGUAUACAAGCCUUGCAACAGAUGCAACAACAACUACUACUAGCUCAAAUGCCUAUCAGGCCUUGCUUCCCUUGGAUGUUAAUUGUAUUCUCAAGCCAAACACAUUUGAUAUAGCAAAGAUGGAUGAGCCCACAGGAACUAUUAGUAGUGAUAUCAUUGAUGAAUUGAUGUCUUCAGAUGUUUUUCCUCUCUUACGACUCUCUCCUACUCCCGGAGAUGACUACAACUUUAACCUGGAUGAUAAUGAAGGAGUCUGUGAUCUUUUCGAUGUGCAGAUACUAAAUUAUUAGAUUCGGUGGGAACCAGACUGUCAUAUCUACCUCUAACUUUAUAACAUUCUAGACUUCUUCAUAACCUAAGUAUUUUAAAUAAUGAAUGUAUAACCUCUUAGUUCACUGACUCUGGGGGUGCAUUUCCUUUUGCUUCCUUGCUUGCUUCACAAAACACCUUAAAUUCAAAACCAGAAGAAAGGGCUUUUAUCAAUGUUCUCUGGUAUUUUUUCACAAGUUACAUUAAUGUAACUCAGCUUAGAAAUCCCAAGUUCUCAAACCCUCCUGCCCCCCCCCUUUUUUCUUGCAGCCUUCUGUUUACC